UGUACCGGUAUUAUUGAAAUGGCCGUCAAAUGGAUAUUUUCUAAUAUUUAAAACGAAUUAUAGGACAACAAUAUUAUUGAGUUAAACAAUGGACAGAAAUAAAGCUCCUCCUGGGAAGCGACCUCUCAAAGGAAAAGGGCAUUUACCAUCUGGAGAAUUUGUUGCCUUAGGUAAAACUUCUGGAGCUACUGAGGUCAGGCGAUCAACUAGCCCUCAGCCCAUUGGACGAAAAAUCCAGUCAAACGAACGUAAAAGAGAAGCACCCAGUAGCUCUUUAUCGGGGACAAGUAAAAAACCCAAAUUAUCACCACAGACAUUUACACCUCUUGGACGAUCAGAUUCAGAUAAACGAAGUUCUCCAGCACCUGUUGUUCAUCAAUAUGAAGAAUCGGCCAUUGAUGUAAAUUCUGGAGAUCUAUAUAAUGAGAUAGUAGAAGCUGAAAUUGAUGGUGAUGAUGAGCGGGUAGAGGGUUUAUUAUGUGGUGCUGUAAAACAUCUGAAAACAAAUCGUUCUAAACCAGAUCAGAUUAUAUACCUCACUACAAUGUAUCUGGCCAAAACUAAAUCAGCUUUAUUCUGUAGUGAAGUUGUUAUAGAUGCAUUUUGCAGUUUAUUGAAAAGAGAUAUGUCUAUCAACUUUAAGUCGAAAGGCAAUCCACUGGUUUCAGUUUUUGCGUGCAAUGUUUUACUGUCAGCUUUUGCUGAAGAAGAAAAUUGGCCAGAUAAUUUUGUCAAGGUUUAUGUGGAAGAUUCACUAGGUGAAAGAGUCUGGGUUGAUAGAGAUGAUUGUAAAAGUUUUGUCGAUAACAUCCAGACAGCCUUUGGUACAAAGAUUCCACCUAAGAAUUUAUUGGUCGGUUCAGGUGAUUCUAAAGAACAAACCAGCCCCUCAAGUCCUCAUGUCAAUCUAUUUGAAGAUGAAGAUACAUCUAAAGGAUCAGAAGGUGGUGACAGUAUUAAAAGUAAUAUGUCUGAAGAUACCACACCUGUCUUUCAACGAUAUCCAUAUCAGCAGGAACAUAUUGAGUCCUAUAUAUUAGAUUUAAUCCGUGAACAAUUAAAUCGUAGACAACCCAUGGAUUCUACGGCAAGAAAUUUAAUACGAUUAAUGUCAGCUACAUGUGGUUAUAGUGAAGUCAGAACAAUGGCCAGUCAAAGAUUAGAAAUGUGGCUACAAAAUCCUAAAUUAGCGAGAACAUCGCAGGAUUUGUUGAUGUCAGUUUGUAUGAACUGUGUCAAUCAUGAUAAAACUGAUCUAGAAGUUAUCGCACAGUUGAUUAAAAUACGUCUUAAAACUAAACCACUGAUUAACCAUUAUUUAAACUGCAUGAGGGAAUUAUUAUCUGGUCAUCCGGAGAACUUAAAGAUGAUCUUAACGCACACAAUUUAUAAUGAGCUGUCUAACGCUCGUAACCCUAAUAACAUGGCCUUAUUAGGAGUUAUAUUCACAUCAUCUACAGAGCAAGCAUCAAAGAUUUUAGCAGAGAUUUUCCAGGAUUUGUUAACCAAUAAAGAUGAUUAUUUAAGAGCUUUACGAGCACUUUUCCGUGAAAUUAUUCGGUCUUUACGACAUGAGUUUAGUUUUCCAGCAUUCUGCUUAAGUUUGAUGUCAGAGCGAACUGAAGCCAAGUUCAGUGAGAUAGACAUGGAGCGCUAUGUGAUGUCAAUAACAGAUUUAAUAACACUGUCUAUAUUAUUAGGCAUAUCACCUGCUAUAAGAGAGGCUGUGUCUGCUGUGGCAAGAGGAGAUAACAAAGACUUAGAAAUUCUGCAGACAUAUAAAAAUCAAGUGGCUGUAAUACAGAGAGAUAGUGUCUGGUGGUUACAUACAGUUGUGCCGAAAUUACUGGAAGGGAAACCCACAGAAUAUGUUCAUUGUUUGCAUAAAGUUCUGUUUAUGGAAACACCUGAACAUUAUUAUAACAAAGAUAACUGGCCACCAGAAGGUGAUAGAAGUUUAAUGUUACGCUUAGCGACAGAAGUACCCGUACUGGAAGACACAUUAAUGAGGGUACUGGUGAUUGGUUUGUCAAGAGAAUUACAAUUUAGUGCUGCAGAUGCUGUAGAAUUAGCUGACCAACUUAUUAAACGUGCUGCUAGUCUAUAUCAUGAAUUUGGAAUGGAAGUAUUGCAAGUUGAGAGAUUAGAAUUAAUAGAUGCCUUGUUAAAUCUGUGUACUUAUAGAUACCCAGAAAAUAUAACACUACCUAAAGGAUAUACUCCACCUAAUCUAGCAAUAUCUGCAUUAUAUUGGAAAGGAUGGUUAAUGUUACUUACCUUAGCGGCUUAUAAUCCGAGUACAUUUGGUGUUGCUGCUUGGGAUAAUUAUUCUACAUUAAAAUUAAUGAUGGAGAUGGUGAUGACGAAUAAUUAUAAAUUUCCUCCACCAACGACAGCAACAGAUGAAAAACUGAUAGAUGAUAUUAAAGCUAGAGAAAGACAGAUAAAUCAGAAAGAGAUCCAAGAGAUAUUAGAGUUUGAGACACAUUUAGCUGCUGCUACAAGUAAAGUUACAAUAACAGAAGCUAAUAGUUUAUUAGUGGAUCAGCUUACUACUAUGGACCCUGGUGGAGUAGCAAGAUGUCCACCAGCUAAAGUAUUAGACCAGUUACAAGUGUUAAACAUGUCGUUAAAGAUUGGACAGAUGUUGUGUAGAAAUCGUAAUCCUGAUUUUCUUCUAGAUGUUAUACAGAGACAGGGUACGUCACAAUCUAUGCCUUGGUUAGCCGAGUUAGUUGAGUCUAGCGAAGGUUCAUUAGAUGUAUUACCUAUACAAUGUCUGUGUGAAUUUUUACUACAUGAAACAGAAGAAGAAGAGAAUAAAAUUGAUAUUCUCGAUGAAGAUUCUCAAAAAGCUGAUAAAUAUAGAAAAAAACAGAAAAAACUAAAACAGAAGCAGUUAUUGGGGCGAUUACAGGCAUUGGUUCAUGGUAAAGUUUCUGAUUCAAGGACUAUGUUUGAAGUAUUGGACUAUUUUUUACAAAGAUUGUCUUCCUCACAGUCAUCUUCUAGAACUCAGGCAAUUAAGGGCUUAUCUAUGGUGGUAUCUAGGUCAGAACUAGAUAAAGAUGUUGCUAUGGAAACUGACGAAGAGGAGACAACACACACCUGGUUGUUAAAACAUUUACCAUCUGUUCCAUUGUUCCAGGAAGUGAAAGGGCAGACAUGUUUAGCCCUCAGAAAUGCUUGUCAAAUAGAAACCAGUCCUAAUUUAAUCAGUGCUUACAUUAUCUUCCUGUCUCUUUAUGCCAUGGACCAAUCACUACAAGAUCUAGAUAACCUUGCUCUGGAUACAGCUCAAUUAAUUGUAGAAAGAACAUCAAUCAUUAAUCAUAUAUUACCAGCGGAAGGUACAAAACGUACACCAAUGGAAGAACAGACAUUGACAGCACUGGUUAAUCUAUACAUGACCUAUUUAAUCAAGGCUACAGAACAAGAUAAAGAAGCUUAUAAUUGGUCUAAUACGCAGGACCAGAUAAUAUUACAGUGGGAGUCUGGAAGAUCAGCCACCAUGCAUAUAUUAGCUGUACAUGCUAUGAUUAUAUUACUGACGUAUGGGGCACCUGAUGCUGAGAAUAAUCGCUAUGAUGAAUUUUUAUCAAUGUGGUUUCCUGAAAAAGGAAGUUUACCUACAGCCUUUCUCUUGGAUACUUCUGAAGAGGCAUUAUUACUUCCUGAUUGGCUAAAAUUGAAGAUGAUUCGUUCAAGUGUUGACAGACUAGUGAUGGCAGCUCUAGAAGAACUAGAACCAGCCCAAUUGUUGUUGUUUAUUCAAUCUUUUGGUAUACCCGUUAGUAGUAUGGGUAAAUUAUUACAUUGUUUAGAUCGCGCCAUGGAGACAGAUGCAGAGAGUUUACAACAAGCUGUAGUGGAUAAAGCUUAUAUGGCUCAACUUAUUGAGAUACAACACAUGCGCGGAGCAGAAGGAGGAGAUAAAUUCUACCAGUUAUUGACUCAAACCAGUCCUAGAAAAUCAGCAAAGAAAGCAAAUGAUGUCAUGGAAAGUGAAGAAACUGGUAAACCAUGGCUAAUAAAAGCAGAAAGUUCUUCCAAUCUUGUUUAUGGUCCAACUGAAUUAGUGCAGAUUCUUUUACAGAUAUUUUCUGUACAGAAGUCUUCUGACCCGCAAUCUGUUAGAUUACUACAAGAACUAAUUAAGACUAUUUCAAGUGAAGGAAAUAAGGCCAUCGAACUGAUACAAGUCAUUUUAAAGAUUUUACAGUCGGCUAAAGGAUCAGAAUUCAUGAAUCAACUUUUUACUUUAUCUACACGGUCUUGCCUGUUGUUUAAAAUCAUCAUCUCAAAACUGGGCAAAAAAUCAGAAGCAUUGAAAGACGUUCUACAAAUAUUGAAAGACUACUUCCAAGGUCAAAAGUCACCAUUGAUGUCUGUGAUUGGUCAGUAUUUUAAAGGUGAAAGGCCAGCCCAGGACCGGUCAUCAACUUCUUCCACCAACCCAGAUCUUUAUAAAACAAAGAGAAAAUUGGACACAAAAAAAUUCAUAUCAGGAUUAGAGAAACUUAGUAAUAGUGGUAGUAUUAAACUAGAGAAACUUGUUGAUAGUUGUAUGACAGAUACAAUACAGUCAUCAUCAUCUACAUCAUCAUCAUCAUCUAAUGCAGCCAACAUGGCUACUGAUAUCAUCUUAUAUUCACAACAAAGAAACACUAUUUCGCAAUCAGCAGCAUCUCUACUCAUUGAUUGGCUAGAAUUAUUGGAACCAGAACUUAUCCAAUCAAAUCCCACCUUGCAGCAAAAACUCAUAUUUGCUAAAGGUGUAACCAAUGGAAAGUCUUGUACUAGAAAACAGAAUCAUCCAUAUUUAUUGGCACUGUUGACACAUCAAGGAAGCUGGAAAACUUUAAAUAAAUGUAUAACUCAACUAUUACAGUCACAUGAAACAGAGUCAAGUUUUGAUCCAACAGCUGUACUAGAUUUUCUAUGGGCUUGCUUACACAUUCCAAAAAUAUGGCAGGGUAGAGAACAAAGUUCUAAAAGGACUGAACUUUAUGAAGAUGUGUUGGGAUUAACCGAUCAACAGAUUCUAUCUGUCGUAGAUUUUAUUAUUGAAGAAACAUCACAUGAUCAACAAUCAACCAAUGAGAGAAUAGAUAUGAGUAAAAGAAUGGAGUUGUUAAUUGUGAGUUUAUGUGGCAACGAUAAUAAAGUGAAACUAGUUGUGUCACAUGUACAAAAAAAAAUUACAGCUAAUAGUAUGAGAAAGAGAGAAUAUGAAGUAUUGUUACUGGAGUUAUAUUUACAAUUUCCUUAUUUAUUGAACUGGUUAUCUGAUCCUAAUGUUCUCCUUACACAAAUUUACAACUCAGAACAAGGCCAGAGUCAGCUUGAUGGGAUUUCACACAGAAUGAUAACAGCUUUAGGUCGAGCACGGGCUGGCAAGGCAGCAGAGAGUCGUAUGUACGACGCUAACAUAGCUUGCCGCAAACUGGCAUCAGAACAUCCCUUACUGAUUCUCAGGCAAUUACCUAUGAUAGCUGCAUUACUCCAGGGAAGAACAGAGUUACAUUUUACAGAAUUUCGUAACAAGAAUUAUUUGUUGUUAUUUUCACACGUCCUUGGAAUAUUAGAUAUACUCCAGCCUCAGAUAUUUACUUGUCAACAGUCAGGAUUAGCUGAAAUAUAUGAUGCUUAUUUUAGUCUUAUAGAGCGACAUGGUAGAGAUAAUCGUCAAUUAGGAGGGCUAAUUGUUAAAUUUGUUUCAUUUCUUCAAAACUUUGUCAGCUUUGAUUCUCAAAAAGCUGUGAAAUUGUUACAGAAAUAUGUCAAUAUUCUAAGUUCUGUGUCGCAAGUUUACCCAAGUAUAUCAGAAUUAAAAGCUUUAUUAGCCAGUUUAACUCUACCACCAUCUAGUCAAACAGAGGCUGGACCAAAGCAAGAGCGGACAACUCCCAUGGUAUCAACAAGUCAUACAGACACGUUAUGGACACCAGCCCAAUUGGCACCAUUCUUAAAGAAAUUCAGAAAGGGUACUCUAGAAGAAGUUCUGCAAGUAUUACAUGAUUUAGAUGAAACCAGUAAAAGACGUGUAGAAGUUCUCAGCCAUUUUGAGACAGAAUUACAGAAAUUGAUGUAUGAUGUGAAUGAUAGAUGUCGUAAUACAGCCUUUACACUCAUCAUGAGACAUAUUCGUCAAAACCCUAGGAGAUGCAGUGAGUUUGUGCCAAUAUUUUUACAAUGUAUUGAAAGUCGUAACCCAGAUGUUAUCCAAUCAGCUUUAAGUAAUCUCGCUGAAUUUACUGUUCUUGCACAAGAGCAUGCUCAGACCAUCUUACAGAAGACUUUUUUAGUGGGAAUCCGUUCAAAUGUGGAAACUAGUUCCUACAUCAGUGAGACCAUACAAUUACUCAAUCUCGAAACGGCGCAAUCAUAGUGACAAUUUAAAGUAAAAAUCAUCAAAUCAAAUAAUAUUUUGCUUCAAGAUGGAAAAACAGCAUGCAGAAAAAAUCAUCAAGAGAGUAAUAUUUAAACAGCCAGGAGUGGAAUCCUUGAAGAAGAUGCACCAAAAUAUUUUGGAUCAAUUUGAAGAUGGAUAAAUAAUGUGCCAACCACCAUAUAAUAUGUUAUAAGAUAUUAUUGGAACAGAUACUGUGUUAUUAAUAGAUGGACAAGUGUGUCAUUAUAAAUAAUUAAAGGUUACUAAAUACAAUCUAAAAAUUCUGUAACUAAUUUCAGAAAAAUUUAGGAUGGACAGAUUUCAAGACUUCAUUUUUAGGAGGUGCUUUAUUGUAUUUGGUUCCAAAUGGACCACAACUGAUCAUGUCUAAAUGUGUUUUUGUUAUCACCAAAAAGCUAUAAAAGUGGUUCUCAGAAAAGAUGGUGUGAAGUCACACUGCAGAACAUCUGGGCACCUCAAAGGUGCAAUUGAUUCAAAAGAUUCCCUAAAGUAGCUGUGUUAUGGUCUAAGCUUAUAUACAGUGAUCUCAAAGGAGCAAAAUGAGGUCAUGGUCACAUUUUCUGAAAUUCGCUAUAAAAAAUAAAAUAGUGAUGAGUAGUGACAUUGCAUGCACUAUUUAGAACUAACUGGGGCAACCUGAUGGGUAAGGUUAUGAGGAAACUGCUGAUAAAUUUUAAUAAAGUAAGUAUCCUCUGAAAACCAAACAUGGCGAUUGUUUAUAACUCUAUGCUAUGAUAAUGUUAUACAUACAUGUUUAUGUCUACAUUUAAUUGAAAAUUAAAAAAGGUGAAAAUUU